AUGUCUGGUUGGGCCACUUCGUUCGGCUACUGCGCAGCUGAUCGUUUCCCUUACAGUGAUAAUGAGGACGAAGUCAAUGAAGUGCCGCUUGAGCAGACACUGGCAGCACAUUCAAAUGACGACGAAUCAGUGGCCUUCACUGAGACACCAUUCACCAUCGCAGCGCGCAAUGCGCAGAUGCGAAAAGCCCGGCAGCAUGGACCGUCACUUGACAGAGAAGUUGAUGUGUCUACUUUGGGCUUGACGCGAGACAACCAUCCGCCGGCUGUGCCUGAGGACGCUGUCACAGACUCCUUCGAUGACAAUGCAGGGAAGCGCCGCGACCCAUUCGCCACAAUUGUCGAGACGUCGCAACCUUUGUUAGCACAUGACAAACUACGUAGUGUCGUGACGACUGAGGCAUCCUUCAAAUCUCCAGAGGUGAUUGUCGUGUCCUCGGAUAGCGACGAAAUCGAAGCUUCCAGCACGAAAAGCAUGUACGGAAGCACGGAUACGAGGCUUGGCGAUACUUGGUUUGAAUCGGCGACGUGCGAGUAUGAGAAGACAGAGGGCGAAAGAGCGCUACAGCAGCUAUUUGAUCGGAAUCGCGACUUUUACGAGAGCCUCGACCGCGAGAUGGCGCAUCGAGAAGCUCGCACGUGCAGGUCGGAAGCUUCUUCGUCAUCGGUUCGCAUGGAGAGCAUGGUUCCGGAUGCUAGCACAUCUUACGAGACCUCCAGCUGGGCUCCGACUCGGUCGGUCUACAGCCAUGAGGUAUACUCUGCAGCAACACCACUGAAUCACGCUCCCAGCGAUUCGAUGAACGCUCGUCAAGCAAACUAUGAACCACAUCGUGCGGACAUGUCUGCUCCUGCACCGUUCAUGUACGAUGCAGAAGGCCACUUGUUCCAGUACCCGCCUGUCCAAAUUGGUCCGACGUCUCAUCAUCCGGUACAUUAUUAUCCCAACCACGAAUCCGUUCCUGCAGCCAUGGAAAGCAGCCAAGCUUGGACUCAAACCCCUUCAGGCCCAUACGCCCCAGCGUUUGAGCUUGCUCACUUGCCCAGCAGGAAUGACUACCUCCACCGAUCACAUGAGCCAGGCCAUCAUGCCCAAUACCAGCACAACUGGAGUCACCAUCCCUCUACAUCGUCCGCUGCAAACGAUGAACGUGCCAAGCUAGCAACAUUUCGACGUCCCGUAUCGCCGCGACGGGCUCAAGAGGAUAGAGCAAAAGCGGACUUGGUGUAUAAAGCGUUACGAGGAGCGAGCAAGCGUGCACGGACAAAGGCCAGCAGUCAAUCGAAGCCUUCAUCAAAGGGCAAGGAGCCUGAAUGGUCCACGCUCAAAGCAUCUCGAGUAGAGCCAGACGGCACCUUGUCCCUGACCGCCGCAUUGCGACGGCCGCUGCCGGCGACAAGGCUUGUGCAGGCAAGCCGAGGAGGCAGCCGUCUAUCUCUGCCGCUGUACCGCUCUUUAGGAAGCACGGCCGAUGAUCGACGUCGUGCAGAAACACAUCUUCUUGGUUCUACGUCAAGAGUCAAACGCGCUCAACACUCUGACAAGGGUACAACAAAGUCUGCAUCAGACGACCUCGAAAGGCUCGGAUCUCUUCCCACCAUUGCCUCUCGGCCGAGUCGAGCGGAAUAA